GUUUUAGGAGGAAAAGAGGAGGCGGUUUGGGGGUGUGCGUGAAAGAGGGGGUGCUUAGUGUGGGGAGAUCAUGUCCUUUAAGAGGGAAGGAGACGACUCCAGUCAACUCAAUGUGCUGAAGAAACGAAGAGUUGCAGACCUUCUGGCGAAUUACAUUCCUGAAGAUGAAGCCAUGCUCCUGAGAGACGGCAGAUACGCCUGCACGGUGUGCUUCCAUAGGCCGGUUUUCGACACUCUUGACAUGCUCACGGUCCACCGUUCUGGGAAGAGGCACCUAGCCGGUUUGCAGAAAUUCUACGGGAAGAAGCGUUCACUCGAGAACGAAGUUCAGAAACGGCGCCACCAGACGUACCUUCGGGCAGAAGAAGCGGGCGCCCAGGUGACGCCAGGCCCCGCCCCUUUGCUCGUGCAAACCAGGAAAAUUGCCCAGAAUGCUUUGCUGAAAACCGCUCCUUAUAACAGCUGCUGCCGGCGGAGCAGGGAGGCCGGAAGUGAGCCUGGUCCAUCAAGGUCAAGUGUCGGCUGCAGAGAACCCAAGGAAGAGGUGCUGUCAAAACCCCGGGAUUCUCCAAAGACGGGUGAAGACAGACCUGUUGGGGUGGAAGUCAGUCCUACCGCCCGUUCGCCUGGAUCUACGAACGUACCGGGAGAUUCCCCGAAAGAGCCCGCCCUAGGAAAGAAGCACAACCAUAAAAGGAAAGGCCAUCCUGUUGAAACACCUCCUUCCGGGCCCAGUAAUUUCACCCCAGAGAAGCGACAGGCUCUAGAACAUUAUUUGAGGCUGAAAAGCGCUGGUUGGGUCCAAGAUGGUUCCGGCCACUGGGUGAAGGAUGAGAAUGUAGAAUUUGACUCCGACGAAGAAGAACCUCCAGCAUUGAUACUGCCUUGACAGCGUGGAAGAUUCCUUCCCUGGGUGUUGGUACUGAAUGCAGCAGCCUCGAAACUCCACAGUUGACACCCCGUGCAAACGUGUCACCAGCUGGGCCUGAAGAGCAAAGCUCCUGCAACGUGAUUAAAUAGUUGAAUAUAUCAGGAGACGUGUUGGGGUCUCAGUUUCGCAGACCCAGGCUUUGUUCGGGACUGGCUGUGUCUCUAAAGCUUAGCUUGGGUCGGGGUAGACUACCAGGUGCCUUCUGGGAACGGAAAAUCAGGAAUGGAAGGAAUUCAAGCCGUGGUUCACUGCUGUGCGUGCUAGUUGAGUUCCAGUAUCUCCUGGUGGAACUGGGAUAGUCUCGUCUGAACCUCUUUCCAGAACAGCCUGCUCACAUCUUAAGAUCUUCUCUCGAGGUGCAUCUUCAAAUCUCCUCUUUAGCAGAGAUGGGUUAACACAGAAGGGCCUUCUCUGCAGUGGCUCCAUCAUGCACUCCAAAGAGGUUGGCAUAGCGCCAACGGUUCUCUCUUUUUUUUACACCAGGCUGAGGUCUUCCUAUUGCGCUGUGUUUGUUUUGACGCAAUUGAGUAUUAUUAUUUUUUAAAAAAAAAAUCUGUUUAAUGUUUAUGUUGGAUUCUGUUACAGUUAUGUGUUGCUUUGAUUAUAUUGUAUCUAUCUGUUUGCGCGAAUUCACACUUUUGUAA